CCAUCAUGACUAGUGAACACGACAAACCAAUAUAGUAUCAGAAAAAAAGAAAGAGGAAUAACUUUUCGCCAGAUCACUCAUCUUUUAGUUAAUGCGCAUUUACGCGUCUUGCGCACAACUUCUACUGAGCAGAAUAAGUCAUUGAAACGGAUAAACUCAUUCAACAAUUUGACAAGGAACAAACAUCACAGAGCAGAUAAUGAAGCUCACGCGUGUUUUUUUCGCUGCUGUGUUCAUCGUUGCGUGUUUCUACUUUCUCCAAACUGCUGCGUCUCCAUUUACGCAGGAGGUACAACAUGAAGAUGAGAUGAACAGUGAAGCACCACAGAUGAACUACCACAGUACAGAAACUACACCUGAACAAAGCAAUCCACUGGCACUGUUCAGAAGCAAGCGACAGAGUCAUCUUUCCAUGUGCAGAUAUUGCUGCAAGUGUUGUCGCAACAAAGGAUGCGGAUUCUGCUGCAGAUUUUGAUCAUAUCGAUAUAUAAGAGAGUUCAUAAUAAGAGCUGCUUAUCCCAAGUUGGACAUUAACUUAUUUUAUCUUUUUAAAACCUCCUGAAAUUUGCCUAUCGAGCAGAAGAGGAAAUCUAUUAUGUUUAAAGCACAAAACGGGUAUAAAUGCGGUGUAUUAUUGCUGAAUGCUUUCUACUGCUUUGUAAAGUGUCUAAAAUUUGUAACAACACAAUGAGGAGAAAUGUUGCUUUGUUCUUUUGUUAUUGUCUAAAGAAUGUAUUUUUUUACAUGUUUUGUACAUAUUUUUACACAUGUGUACGUAAAUGUUUAAUCAAUGAUUGUUUAGUAGUGAAAUGAAAACCUUUUGUAAUAAAAUCAGACUCCUGA